CCAGAACCCCCAAACACAGGAAUAACCACAACCACAUCCCUCUCCACCAACCCACCAACCCAAAUAAUGGAAAUCAUCCACGGCUCAACCCACCCCUACAUCCCCCUCUCGCUCACCCACCGCGGCCCAGGCCUCUCCUUCAAACACCUCUUCAAAGGCACCCCCGGCACGCAGGAAAACUACCUAUUCACAAUCGGCCGGCAAACGAGCUUCUUCUCCCCGCUCCACAAACACAACUUCGACCAGUUCCGCUUCGCGUACCGCGGCGACGUCUCCAUCGCCCCGGACAUUCUCCUCCGCGAGGGCGAACUCUCCUACCACCCCGAAGGCGUACCAUAUGGCCCGCAGCGCGACACGGAGGGCGAGCGCGACGUGCUGGUGUUGCAGUUCGGGGGCGCGAGCGGGCAGGGGUAUUUGGGGUUUGAGGAGUUGGAGGAGGCGCAGGCGAGGUUGAAUGGGAAGAAGAAGGGGAAGGAUGGGUAUGAGGCGCUGUGGGAGGAGAUGUGUGGACGGCCGUUGGUGUAUCCGGCCCCUCGGUAUGCGGGGACGGUGGUGGUGAAGCCGGAGGGGUUUGCGUGGAAGAGGGUUGGGGAGGGCGCGUGGAGGAAGCCCUUGGGGGUGUUUACGGAGAGGGAGACCGUCGCGGAUAUGUGGAAGGUGGAUGCCGGGGGGGAGGUGGAGAUCAAGGCGGGGAUGCGGUGCAGUUGCUGUUUGUGCUGA